AAGGGAAGCCAGUGCCAUUGGCCCUGUGGCUGAUGUAACAAUCACUAUGAUGACCAGUGCCUCAGUCACUAUAAUAAAUACCACUCUCCUGCCGAGAGACACCACUGGGCCCAGAGAAAGACCUGUGAUUGUGCAUGGUGCCGCUUUGUCUCAUGGCUGAAGAUGGUUUGCCAAAAAUUUAUUCUCAACCUCCAACGGAAAGCAGUAAAACAACACCUGAAGCAACCAUUCCCUUUGAGACUGACAACACUAUUCCUCGAUCAGAAACAACUAUUUCUUCAGAAGGAGACCACAUUAUUUCCAUAAGUGACUACAUGCUAGAAAGUGAUUUUUCAACAACUACGGGCAACAAGCUUUCCUCUCCAAAGGAAAGACUAAAUUCAGAAGGUAAUGUGGAAUCCCACAUUAAGUCAUCAACCCAUCUGGAAAAAGAAGUUACCACUCUGACAGGUGCCCCACUCUCCACGGCUAAUGACUCUAUUACUGAAAAUUUCAUUGCAGUGAAAAUCAGUGAUUUCUCAUCUCCAGUCACUUCUGUUUCUUUAAUAGAUUUUCCUACUAACAUGUCAAAAGAAGAUAUUUUCUUGGAUGCAACUGAGCCAGGAGAUAAAGGUGUGUCAAUAACUUCUGAAGUCUCUGGCUCACUAAAGAAAAGCACCGCUGAAGUUACUGACACCUCUGUCCUUUCAGUUAAGAAGGGUGGACUUGACCUUAAUAAUUAUAGCUCCUCAGUUAAACCUGACGUCACUACUGAUGAGGCUAUCCACAUCACUGACUCCUCUAUUCCUAAGACUGAAGGUUCUCUCACUGCUGAAAAAAACUUCACAACUAUUACAGACAUAGCUGCCCUUACAGAAGAGAAAAUAACUGAGGUUGACUUACUUCUUCCAGAAGAUGACCCCAAUGCUGUGUCUAAACUAACUGAUGCAGAUGAGGAAAAGCUCAUCACUGUGUUUGAACUUACUACCAUCAAAAGAGAUGAAGAUAAUGCAGAAGAUAUUCUGCUAACUGGUGAGGAGUCUAUGGAUGGACUCAACGUUUGGAUGGAGAAAGAUAUUGCCAAUGAAGCAGAGAACCAUCCUGUUUUGCUCACUGCUGUUGAAUCCAGGUAUGACUUUGUUAUUCCUAAAUCAGUAGAUAUGAACCUCAUGGAAGAUUCAUCUCCUAUGACAAAAGAAGAUUUGCCUGAAAACAGUAAAAUGGAAUUUGUAGCUAAGGCUACUGAGGCAUUCUCCAAAACUACCCCUGAUUUAGAUACCCCAAGCCAAAAUUAAGACACUUUUACAACUGAAAUGGGUGUCUUUAAACUCCUGAAAGAAGAACCAGAUGAGUUCCUGAUUUGAAAGCAACAAGAAGACACCACAUAGAAUUGUGCAGUAGCCUAGACAGCUAGUUUUAAUAUCUAAGAAGUUUG